AUGGGCAAGGAAAAGGUUCACAUCAACAUUGUGGUUAUUGGCCAUGUGGACUCUGGGAAGUCAACCACAACUGGUCACUUGAUCUACAAGCUUGGUGGCAUUGACAAGCGUGUGAUUGAGAGGUUUGAGAAGGAGGCUGCUGAGAUGAACAAGAGGUCAUUCAAGUAUGCCUGGGUGCUCGACAAGCUCAAGGCCGAGCGUGAACGUGGCAUCACAAUUGAUAUUGCUCUCUGGAAAUUCGAAACCACCAAGUACUACUGCACUGUCAUUGAUGCCCCCGGACACCGUGACUUUAUCAAGAACAUGAUUACUGGUACCUCUCAGGCUGACUGUGCUGUUCUCAUCAUCGAUUCCACAACUGGUGGUUUUGAAGCUGGUAUUUCCAAGGAUGGUCAGACACGUGAGCAUGCUUUGCUUGCUUUCACUCUUGGAAUGGAUGCCACCACUCCCAAAUACUCCAAGGCUAGGUAUGACGAAAUCGUGAAGGAAGUCUCUUCAUACCUCAAGAAGGUUGGGUACAACCCCGACAAAAUUCCUUUUGUGCCCAUUUCUGGUUUCGAAGGUGACAACAUGAUUGAGAGAUCCACAAACCUGGACUGGUACAAGGGCCCGACUCUCUUGGAAGCUCUUGACUUGAUUAACGAGCCCAAGAGGCCAUCAGACAAGCCUCUUCGCCUUCCCCUUCAGGACGUCUACAAGAUUGGUGGUAUUGGAACUGUCCCAGUUGGCCGUGUAGAGACGGGUAUUCUGAAGCCUGGUAUGGUGGUGACUUUCGGCCCUUCUGGUCUGACCACUGAAGUUAAAUCUGUUGAGAUGCACCACGAGGCAAUGCAGGAAGCUCUCCCAGGUGAUAAUGUCGGGUUCAACGUGAAGAAUGUUGCUGUUAAGGAUCUCAAGCGCGGUUAUGUUGCCUCGAACUCGAAGGAAGAUCCGGCUAAGGAAGCUGCUAACUUUACCUCUCAGGUGAUUAUCAUGAAUCACCCUGGACAGAUUGGACAGGGAUAUGCACCGGUGCUCGACUGCCACACUUCUCACAUUGCUGUCAAGUUUGCUGAACUUGUGACCAAGAUUGACAGGCGAUCGGGUAAGGAGCUCGAGAAGGAGCCCAAGUUCUUGAAAAAUGGAGAUGCUGGGUUUGUCAAGAUGAUUCCAACUAAGCCGAUGGUGGUUGAGACCUUUGCCGAGUACCCGCCACUUGGACGAUUUGCUGUUCGUGACAUGAGGCAGACUGUAGCUGUUGGUGUGAUCAAGAGUGUUGAGAAGAAGGAUGCUUCGGGUGCUAAGGUCACAAAGGCUGCAGCUAAGAAGGGUGCCAAGUGAAUGGUGCAGAUUGUUAUGAUAUCUUGUUAUGGAGAUAUUGAACUCUAUUACUACCUUGAUGAAAUUUGUUGGGAGGCUUUUGUUUUCGUGAUUUUUGCUUUGCUAGACUGUUUUUUUCUUCUCUUGUACUGUUUAUUGGCUUGUGUGUUGAGUGCUUGGUCGUCCCAGGAUUGGGUGCUUGAUAGGCGGUGGCAGUGUUUGGGUCAUGGUGUUGUUUUUGUGUUUUUCUCUGUUUUUUGAGGUGCCUCAACUCUGCUGGGGCGGCUCGAGAGUUUUGUCGUGUUUUCUUGGAGUAAUGAAAGUUGUUUGGCUAUGAAGUUGAACUUUAUUGUGAUUUUUGUUAUACAGGUGCAUGGUUACUUGAUUAACUUUACAGCUUCGACCCUUG